CCGGCCGGUGCUGCUACGAUGGCAGGUGCUGUCAAGCAGGGGCGGCAACCUCCUAAGCAGGCGACGAGGGUGGUCCAGCAGCAGGAAGUGGCCGAUGCAACAGUCCAAGCUCCACCUCCUCCUCCGGCUACUACAGUUCAAGCUUUGGAUCCAAGGUACAAGGACAUGGCCUGCUUUAACUGUAGUUGGCCGGGGCACUAUGUGGGGAACUGCGUUGAACCGAAGAAGUGCUUUAUUUGCGCGGGAGGUCAUAAUAUCAAUAAUUGCGCUGCCUGGGCGAAACCACAUCCUACAGCGACAUACUUUGGCAGUGCAGCGGUUGGCCUGGGAUUUUACCACAUAGAUGUUCCUACUGUGUCAGAACUAGGUUGUCUUAACUACAAGAAUUGUGCAGUUCUCAAAGUUGUUAAGGGUGAGGUUUCUGCCUCGGAGUUGCUGAUUCAGCUUAAUGGAAUAUUUUGUAAAAACAAAGAAUGGCCGUGGCAGAUUAGGGACUUGGGAGAGGAGAAGUUCUUGCUGAGAUUUCCACCUUGGAAGAAUGUGGGAGAUCUUAUUGAGUUCCCUACUUUUGAGCUCCCAAUUGAUGGAGUUUCUGUCAAGAUCUGUGAAUGGGAGGGAAUGUUGGAUGAGUUUGGAGGACUUACUGAGGCCUGGGUUCAAAUUGAAGGGAUUCCUCCAAAGUGGUGUGCUUGGAAGGUAUUUGCCCAGAUUGCAGCUUGCUUUAGGAUCCUGGUAGAUGUGGACUGGAAUGGUAUAUUCAAGAGUUUUUAUGAGAAUAUCAGAGUGAAAGUGGCUUGUAGAGAUCCCAAGAAAAUUCCUUUUGAGAGGUUAGUGGAAAUGAAAAGGAAGCUAUAUAUUCUGUUCUUCACUGUUGAGGGUUUUGAGCAAAUGGGGGAGGACUCUGAUGGAGAUGAUCUAGACCCAGAUGAGGACAAUAUGGAGAAAGAGGAGGAAGAUAACAAUGAAGACUUGUCUGACAAAGAUAAAGCUCAUGAAGAAGAUAUGGGGGAACCUAUUAAGGAACUAGAUAAGGCUAAUUUUCCUUCCAAGAACACUCUGGCGACAAGCUCUAGUCAGACAAACCCACAGAGAACUGCUUCUGCAGUGGAAUUUCACCCUUCCAACAUGCUGGACACAAUUCAUGAGGAUUUUGUGGAAGAAAUUAGGACCAAAACACCAGAGAAGAAGAAAGAGGCGGAUAAUGAAAAAUCCACUCCUGCAAAAACCUUUCCUUCUGAAAGACAUGAUCCCUUGUCAGCACAUAUGGAAUAUUGCUAUGCACAAUUAAGUAAAUUUGAAAUGGUUGAAACUGAUGAAGAAGAGGAAGAAUUGGUGGAGGAAAUGCAGUGUUUACCUGAUGAUUUGGCUUUGGCAAUGGGAUCUGUCAAAAGAUCUCUGCUGGAAACCCUGGAGAGUGUGGAGUCAGUCCAGAAGAAAAAACCAAGCGUCAAAAAUUCUUCUGUCUGGGGACCAGUUCUCACAAGCAAACCAAAUACUAGGAAUCAUGGAGAUGUUAAGAUCAUGGACAAAGCAGCUGCAUACAUGAAGAGGAAGAAUCUAGAAAUUCCCACUACCUUCAAAGGGGCAGAAAUGGAGAAACGUGAACUGCAUUCUUGCAAAACUAAGCUGUUAUUUGCACCAGUGGAAGGUUCUCUGCGACGAUGCUCAAGCAACCCUGCUGCAAAGGUGUAUCCUACUGUUGGACAAGCGGUGUGGAGAACUGAUGCGGAUAGCCUGGAAGUGAGAUGUGGGAGGGGAGCAUGAAAGGCGCGCGAGAAAAUCUUCUGUGUUCCCUCUCCUUCUGAUCUGGUUAUGUAAUAAGUAAUACCUAGUUUCCGUUUCCUACUCUGUUGGAGAGAACUUCUGCUCUCGAGCGCUAGGUAGCGUAGUCUCCUAGUGUGUUGCUUUAUUCUCUGAUUAGGCACA